AUGUAACCUUACUAUGAUAAAGACACUGAUGAUGAAUGUAAAUUUAAUAAAAUCCUAUCCUAGUUUCUGAUAAUACUUCAGUUGAGGGAAUGAAUUAUAGACCAUAAACUGCUCCUCCAAGUCCAAUUACAGAACUUGAAGAAUUCAAAAGGUUUUUGAUCCCUUAAUAUUAUAGAAAACCAGAAUAUGAUAUUUUGGAAAAGGCUUAACGAUACUAAAAUUAUUUAAUUUAAAGAGAUUUACAUAAAUAUGAUCUUGAUAAUCCUGAAGGUUAGCGAAGUUGUAAAAAAUACUUAAAAACAUUGGAGAAAAUGUGUAUAGUAUUUAUUUACUUUAAUAUUUUUUCUAGAUUUAUCAAGUGAAAACUUUAUCUAGAGAAUACAGAAAUACAUUUUCAAAGGCUUAUAAGAUUUUAUAUAAAGAGGAUAGAUUAUGUUAUCUUACUGAAAUAUUAGAUAGUGCUCAGGAAGGUUUAUUUAAAAAUUGAUUAAUAGGCUUUCCUUACUUAUGGGUCAAUUCUGAGAAAUUUGUUUUUUCACCUGAUGUACUAUCUAAAGGAUCUAAAUUAAUAGAACUAUUUUAUAAAGUUUAACACGUUAUUAGAGUCUCAUUUUCUAGAACACUCAAAGAAAGUCCUGAGUUCUCAUCCAAACAAUUAAAACAAGAUAUUAUAAGGAUAUUAGAAGAUUUUGAUUAGAUUUGGGUAGAUUUCGAAAGAGUAUUAGUAUAAAUAUCAUUUUAGCUUUAUGUUAAAGAAUUGAUGGAUAUAGAAGCUAAAGCUAGAAGAUUUAUUCUCUUAGCAAUUGAAAUUGAUAAAGAAAUGACUUCUAUAGAAAUUAGAGAGAAAUUAAGAGGUAAAAUACUUGUAACAAGUGAAAACUAUAUUCAAAAAAAAGAAUAAGUAUAUAUUUAAUCUAAAACUCUAAGUUCUGCAAGGUUAUAGCAUAAAUCAAUUCUGUUGCAAAUGUGGAAGGUAAAGGAAGGGAUGAUUUGGGAAUCAACAUACUUUUGGAAGCAGAAGGAAUCACAAGACGAGUGACAAAAGAACAAUCUAGUGCAGUUCGUAAUCUGGCUGAUAGUAUUAAAUCAAAGUAAAUUUAAAUUUCAUGUUUAGCUUUUAAAAAUUUCGAGAAUAAAUGAGAAAAUAUGAAGGAAAUAUUGAAAUGGUAGAUCCUUAAUUGAAAAACAAUUAAGAACUAGUAGAUUUAUUAGUUGAAUAUGAAUCCUAAUGGGAAAAAGGAUUAUACUAUUUAUUAGACCCUACAAAAUGCUAAUAAUUAAUGUACUUUUCACACAUAAUUGAAACUACUGCUGAAAAAUAUAAAUAAUUUGAAGAACAAUUAGAAUGCAGAGAUUCUGAUAUAUUUGUAACGAUUCCUUGUUUGAUUGCUUUGAAAUAUUUAGAGAAUGAGGAUAGAAACAUUUGUACUUAUUUCCUACCAAAACUAAAAGAGGAAACUUCCAUAUUAUAUUAAUAAUAUGCUUAAUUAAAGAAUGAAUUUUUAGAAUGGAGAAAUUUGCAUACGAAAUAAUAUGAAUACUAUAAUAUUUUGGAGAAAUAAUUAUUGGGAAUACCUUUAAAUGAGAAGGAACAAAUUGCACUAAAAAAUUUCAAAUUAGAUAAUAUUAUGCAAAAAAUUCGAUAAAUGUCUAUUGAAUUAUAAAGAUAUAAUGCAAUAGAAUGGAAUUACUUUAUUGAUGCAGCUAUCAACAAUAAUUGA